CUUAGCAACCUGUAAUGGCUUGUGGAGCUCAAAGCUGUUAGCGCUAAAGCCAGAGGAAGGAGAGAAAGAGAAAUAAAGUGAGAGAGUGAGAGGAGCUCGAGAGCGGGCUAAAGAGAGUGGGGGAAAGGAGACAAAAAAAGGGAGAGGAGAAAGGGAGGAAAGGAAAAAGAGAGGAGAAAGAAAUAGAGAGAGAGAGAGUGAUAGAGCAAGUGGAAGGAGAACAAGGAAAUGAGAAGGACACGGACCGAGAGAAAGAGGAAGAUAAAACGAUAGGACAGGGAAAGAGAGGAAACGACUGAGAGGUGAGGAAAAAAACAGACAGGAAGGAAGGAAGGAAAGGAGAAAGAGUGAGGGGAGAAGAAGAAGAGAGGAAAGGGAAGAGAGGGGAGAAAAUGAGUUUGAUGCAAAAGAAUGAUAUAGACAGAGGAAUCAGACAGAGAGAGAGAGAGAUAGAGGGAGGGGGAAAGGAAAGACAAAAAUAAAGCUACAGACAAAAUGAGAAAAGAGUGAAGCAAGAGAUGCGGAUUGAUUGAGAGGGGGGAAGGAGUAAGAGAGAACAAAGUGAUGGAGAGAGGGUGGAUAGAGUAAAAGAAAUAGAGGAGGGUGACAGAACGAGAGGAAGGAGAAAGAGGGAGGACAGAGAGAGAGGGGACAAGCAAGAAAAGUGAAUGACAGGUAUAGACAGAGAGGAAGGAGAAUCAGAGAGAGAGAGAGAGAGAGAGAGAGAGAGAGAUCUACAGGUACGCACACUGCUUCUUUCCCUCUUUUCCUCUCGCUCCUCCUCGAGCUGCCUCUCACACUGUUUCAGCACACACUCAGCACUAUGGUGCGCCUUGCCGCUCUCAGCCUCUGAUCCGAUCUGAUCUGCGGCGCUUUUGUUUUGCGCUCUUUUCUUCUCUCUCCUCCUCCGCGUGUGCUGGACAGCAUCAUGAGCGCAGAAUGCACGAGCUACUACAGCGCAGAGCACGAGUUCAUCAGCGCCUUCACCUGCCCGAGACCGGGGGGAGACGCACGCGCCGUGUACUGCUGCGGCUUCAACGACGUCAAGUACUGCUGCGACGAUCCCAACAGCUUCUUCCCCUACGAGUAUGGGUACAUGUGGUGGCUGAGUGUUGGUGCUCUGGUGGGUUUGUCCAUAGCUGCUGUAGUGCUGCUGGCCUUCAUCAUCACGCUGUGUGUGCUCUGUUACCUGUUCAUCACCACCAAACCCCGAGGACUCGAUAAUGGUCUCACGCUGCAGGUGCCCGGGUCUGAGGCCGGUCCUCAAGAGGCUUCGAGUCAGCGCAGUGCUCCGUCCGGACCUCAAGGCUUCCGCAAGCAUUUUCUGAGAGGCAAACUGCACUGUGACAACCAGCCGCCCGACCCGGAGCGCCUGUUUCAGCGCUGCUACAUGGCCACUGUUACCACCAUUAAUGUCGAGGGGCCUUCGUAAAGCAGCUCUGCUUCUGAAACUUUGGUAGCUCUAAAGAACAUCCUACCCUAUCCUGCGCCAUCAUACCACUCACGUUGCAGACCACAAGGGGGCACUCUGCAAAAGCCUGAACUAUGUUAGCAACCUGAACUCACCGUGAAUUACGGUCGAGGAAAAAAAUAAAGAAAGAAAGAAAAAUAGAUAAGUCUUACGGCGCCCCCUGGUGGCCAAGUGACUGCCUGUUCGUGUGCAUCUGUCUGAAAAGUACAACCAGUGUCCAUGCUUUAUUUUUAUUUUUAUUAUAUUCCAGCAGAUAUUUUUUUGAAAAUCAAAUCUAUAAAUACUUUUCCAGCAGGGAACCGAUGGAGUGUAAAUAUCCAGCGACACACCACUGUUUUGCUUCUUUUUUAUUAUUUGCUGCUUAUGCGUGAUCCAUAAUCUGAUCGUUCAUUGGUGCAGUGCAACUGAUUUGCCUAGACGCCAUGUUGAGAACAGCGAGUGUGCUUUUGUUUUUGCUUUUUUCAGUAUUAGCUGUUACUCUCUCCAAAACUCGACUUAUAGACGCAGCGGACCAGAAAUCACGAAACUAAUUCAGUUACAUUCACAUUCAGUGUGUUAAAGGACCGUCGGAAGGCGUAGGAUUAGGGAGACAUCGACGAGACGUUUAUCAGACUGAUUGAGAAUCUUGAAAUUGUAGACCAAAUCAGUCCCUCCAGGAUCGCAGAAAUGAACACAAAAUCAAGGGAAGUCAGCAAUAUAUACGUAGGAGCUUGCAAUUUUUCAAGAUUUUACGCAGAUUUGGGCCAAGACGUGUCAUGUGACGUCAUCAUGACAGUCAAAACCAUCCUCGAUUCACGUACGUCGAACACGAGUACAGCUAAGAGGUCCCAUUUACCAAUGAACAUCACUGCGAAACGAUUUCAUGCAAUUGUGAUUUCACCAAUUCGAGUAGCUUUUUUGAAGAAAAAAAAAAAACGUCACAAAUCGCAAAUUUUGAGAAAAGCCAGGGCAAAAUCGAGCAUUUUUGGCCACAACAAUCACAAAGAAACUCUGCGAAAUCCUGUACAGACUGACUACUACUGAAGUGUGUAACCUGCCGAGUAAUAACCAGUCAGUGAUGUCGUUUCACAUUUUAUUUAGCUUUGUUUAUGCUUCCCUGGUGUGCAAAUACACUACUAAACUCGUUCUUCAUAACGUUAGUGAGCUGAUUUUAAAUGAGCUGGAUUAGCUAGCUACGUUAGUUACCUCGGAGCAAGCUACCAAUGAAGCACUCCUAUAGAGCAGUAAGUGAAGUCACGGCGGAAUCUCAGCUCAUCGUCUAAAACAACACGCUGGAUAGGACUUUUUUCCUUUUUGAUCAUUACAUCUGAAAUCAUUUUGCGCCAUCUGUUCAUUAGCACGACAGCAUACUGUACACGAGGCGUAUGCGGCAUCUGAUUAUUUUCACGAAUAAACGUGGAGGAGAUCGUAACCAGUAUGACGAGGGUAUAGUAGCGUGAGAAUCGGACUCUCAGGGUUAACGUUAUGCAAGCCCAUGUUUACAUCAGCGCCAUCACCUCAGUACCCAGAUGCACGAGCUAUUUUUUUUGUACAGGCCACGCCCCUGUAUUGCAUCGAAGUGCUUUAAACAGACUUGUGUAAAUAUCGAAAGUGGCCAUGUUUCGAGUUGGAAGACUUAAUCUUAACGGGGUUACUCGUACAAUAUUAAACGCGUAAACAAAACCACCGUGACCAGGAUAAAAAUACCACAGCAUAUUUAUUCAUAUGUCUAUGUUUAUCUAUCCUUUUAUUUAUUUUUCAUCCAGUACGUCGAAGCGACGUUAAAUUCGGACUGUUUUGAGAUUAACGCUAAACACAUCACAAAUGGUUCGAUAUAAAUACGAGUUUUUGUUUAAGUCUGAUCUCAGUAGUAUUUCUGAAAGAAUGUUUAACAUAAAAUCAUUGUUUUACCCGUAAUUAUAUCCAUACAGGCUCUAAUUAACACCAGUGAACAUAUGCUAACACUGUGUGUGCUUUAGCACCUUAUGGUCUGUUAUUAGCAUUCACAUGCUAACAUUGCCUUGAAGUCUUGUUCUUAAUUCGCUAUGCAUCUUCUUUCUUUUCCUUUUUUUUGUCGAAAUGCUAAUCAGUGACAUAAGAGUGACUUUCUGACAAAUCUGGUAGCAUGAAAAAGAAAAAUCUGUGUUGUGAAGGCAUUUCUCUUCACCUGUGGUAAUAAAUCCAGAUUUCAAGGAUUUUCCCUGGGCAGUUACUCCGCCCCCUGCCAUUAUUAACUCUGCACACCAGUGGACUUGUGGGAAAUCUGGCCAAAUCUCUGCCGUUUGUUUACCUGUUUUGCAUUCUUAAAUCUAAUUUGUGUUGGGUCUAUUUUCUCAGUCUAAUCCUUAUGUGUCGUGUCCGUGAAACUCCGGAGCUCAACUGAACCGUGUAUCGAAUGGAGACUUGAUUAAAUGUGCUG